AGUACUUUAUUGAAUAUAAAUAUGAUAUAGUGUACAAAUUAAUAACUAUGAAGAAUUGAAUAGUGUAAUUGAUGGAUUUAAAAUUGUGGAUUGUGAUUAAUGAGAGAAUAUAGUAUGAUUUGUCUGGAUUAGACAAUGAUCUCUUAGAGAAUAUUAAGUAGACUCAAAAGAUGUGGUAAGAAGGGAGUGUAUUUGAUAUUGGAUUAAUAAAUUUAGAGAUGGAUGGAAAUUUAGACUAUUUGAAGGUUUUGCACAUUGAUUUAAGAGAAUGUGUUAUUGAUUGUAAUUAUAAUUAAUAGGAAAUUGGGUUGUUUUUAUGGCUGAAGAACAUUGAAAUACAAUCAAUGGAAAUGAUUAAGAAGAAUGGGGAUAAUUAAAUAUAUAUAAAUGGAAUGAAAAUAAAGAUAUUUAUUUUUUUAAUUUAAAAUGUCUGUGGACAACAGCUUCGACAAUUUUGAGU